CGGGGGGGCUACGCUUCCUCCGGUACGGAUCUUUGCACGGCUCGGUCCUCGGUCUUGAGGUGGUGCUGGCCGACGGGCGCGUGCUCGACAUGCUCAGCACCUUGCGCAAGGACAACACGGGGUUGGACUUGAAGCAGAUCUUCAUCGGCGCCGAGGGCACCUUGGGCGUUAUCACCAAGGUCUCCCUCCAGGUGCCCCCGGCGCCUGCUGCGGUGCAAGUGGCCCUGGUGGGGUUGGAAAGCUUCGAGAAGGUCCGGGAGAUGGUCAUGCUCAGCAAGCGGAAGCUGGGCGAGAUCCUGUCCGCGAUGGAGCUGGUGGACGCCGCUGCCAUGGACGUGGUGGUAGGCAAAGCCGCGUGGGGCCUGCGAAACCCUCUGGCGGGG